AUGUACGCUCUGGACGAUCGCACACAUACCGCACCGCCUCCCCCGCCGCCGCUCUCAAUGGAUCGUAUUCCACCCCCCUCCUCCUCAUACCCCACUCCGGGCUCUGCAGGCGUCGCGUCUGCCGGCGGGUUACCGCCGUCGAGCCAUCUAGCGCCGCUCUCCACCGUUCAUGAAAAUCGCAUUUGGUCUUUGCAGGUGGUUCAGCAGCCGGUUCGCGCCCGGAUGUGUGGCUUCGGCGACAAGGAUCGCCGGCCAAUUACACCUCCUCCCUGCAUUCGCCUGGUUGUCCGAGAUGCUCAGACUGAAAAGGAGAUUGACAUUAAUGAGAUCGAUACGUCCUUUUACGUGCUCAUGGUCGACCUGUGGAACGCGGAGGGGACCAGCGAGGUAAACCUCGUCAAGCACUCCGCCACUUCUCCCUCGAUAUCGACGGCCAUGUCCUCCUCAUACCCCCCUCCGCCGCAUAGUGUCUCGCCUUCCUACCCGCCCUACGCGCAGAAUGCCUACGGCCAGCCUGUUGGAUACCCUCAGAUGAACAAUUACUACGGUGGCAACCCCCAACUACAGUACCAGAACCCGUAUGGAGCGAAUCCACAAGCACCCUAUUAUCAGCCUUACUAUGCCGGCGGCCACAUGCCGCAGGCCAAUAUUUCCCCGGCGCAGCCUGUGGCCUCUGGCCCUGGCGGCAUGUUCACGCGGAACCUCAUCGGCAGUCUCAGCGCCAGCGCGUUCCGCUUGACCGACCCGGAAAACAAGAUCGGAGUGUGGUUUAUCCUGCAGGACCUGAGUGUCCGCACAGAGGGCUCGUUCCGUCUGAAAAUGAGCUUUGUGAAUGUGGGCAGCCAGUCCGGCGAUUCCCCCAACGGGGUAUCUGUGAUCAACCACGGCUCUGCGCCAGUGUUGGCCUCUGUGUUCUCGGAGCCAUUCCACGUGUUUUCGGCCAAGAAGUUCCCCGGUGUCAUUGAGAGCACACCGCUGAGCAAAUGCUUUGCCCUCCAAGGGAUUAAGAUUCCCAUCCGCAAGGACGGAGUGAAGGGAUCUCGCGGGCGCCACAGCGACGGAGACGACGCCGGGGAUGAUUACGACUAA